AUGACUCAUAUCAAUGAAGUUUCAAAUUCACUUGCAACACAGCCCUGGAAAGAGGGGAAAGACAAAGUGCAAAUGAAAGUCACAACCAACUUCAGCUACCCUAGAAACAACAGCAACUGCACCAGCGAUAACAGAAUCAGUCAAGUAAUUUUUCCUUUGCUUUAUACAGUUCUGUUCCUGGUGGGUAUCACAAUGAAUGGCCUGGCAAUGUGGGUCUUUUUUAAAAUAUCCAGUAAAUCCAAUUUCAUCAUCUUCCUCAAGAACACUGUCAUUUCUGACUUCCUUAUGAUCUUGACUUUUCCAUUUAAAAUCCUUAGCGAUGCAAAGUUGGUAUCAUGGGUACUGAGAGGAUUUGUGUGCCAGGUCACCCAAGUUGUAUUUUACUUUACCAUGUACAUUAGCAUUUUGUUUCUUGGUCUGAUAACUAUUGAUCGCUACCAGAAAGCUGCUUCGCCGUUCAGAACGUCAACACCAAGGAGCAUCUUAGGGGCCAAGAUCCUUUCCACAGCAAUUUGGAUAUCAAUGUUUGCUCUUUCAUUACCCAACAUGAUUCUAACAAACAAGAAGCAAACACCUAAGAAUGUAAAAAAGUGUGCUCUCUUGAAAUCUGAGUUUGGCUUAGUCUGGCAUGAAAUUGUAAACUACAUUUGUCAACUUAUCUUCUGGAUUAAUUUAGCAGUCAUAGUUGUAUGCUACAUACUCAUAAGUAAAGAACUGUAUAAAUCCUACAAAAGGACACGAUCCACAGGAAAAGCGUCCAAAAAGACUGUAAAUCUGAAAGUUUUCAUCAUUAUCACAGUGUUCUUUAUUUGCUUUGUGCCGUUUCACUUUACUAGAAUCCCCUACACAUUGAGCCAAACAAGAGAUGUUUUUGAAUGCUCUGCUCAGAACACCUUGUUUUUCUUGAAAGAGAGCACGCUCUGGCUGACAUCUCUAAAUGCUUGCCUAGACCCAUUCAUAUACUUCUUCCUUUGCAAAUCAUUUAGAAAGUCCUUGCUCGACAUGCUGUGCAAGCACACAGCAUCAUCAGAACUCAGAGCACAGAUGAAGGAGCAGAACGAAGGAGAUGACACAGACGAGACACCACUCUAG